AUGGCUCCGCGCCAUCCUCCCUGUUGUCCCUUCUCAUCCCUCCGUUCUCCCGGCCGGGGUCCCCUGGAGGACCAGUUCGGCUGCAGGUACCCCUCCCCCACCCCCAACGGCAACCGGGUUCUUUUAUUGGAAUUGUGGGGCGGUGGGGGGAGAGGGUGGUGGUCUCCGCGGGCGACCCUCCUUGAACCCCGGGCGGACCUGACUCGAGGGCCCGCACCCGCCUGGGCCCGAGCGGACAAAGAACUCUACACACAGAAUGGCAUUUUACAUUUGUUGGACAGAAAUAAGAGGAUCGAGCCACAGCUAGAAAGAUUCCAGAACUGCAGAGACCUGUUCUAUCUGAUCCUCACGUGUGAAGAGACAGUGUAUGAUAAGGUGUUGGAAGAUCUGAAUUCCAAAGAGCAGAAGACCUGCCAGCCGGUGCACAUCAUCAACGUGGACAUCCAGGACAGCCACGAAGAGGCCACCUUGGGGGCAUUCCUCAUCUGUGAGCUGUGUCAGUGCAUUCAGCACACUGAGGACGUGGAGAAGGAGAUCGAUGAGCUGCUUCAGGAGUUUGAGGAGAAGAGCGGCAGAGCCUUCCUGCACACCAUCUGCUUCUACUGACCCAGCUGGCCUGGCACCAGGCGUGCUGCCCACCCUCCUGAAGACAUCUUUUUGAGCUUCCUUUUGUUAAUACUUUUUCCUUCCUGAUGCUUGUUUUUACUUUCAGGUACUCUGUUGGCCGAUGGCAGUGGUACCAAUAAACUGUGCAUAGGAAACGCAAAGACACAAAUGUGUGAUUCAAAACAAUCACGUUUUCUCUCUCCCACGUGUACUUACAAGUGGGAUGUUGAUUAUAAAGUUUUUUUUUUCUCUACCCUAAACAGUAAACAACGAUUUAUAGUACA